ACGUCCUGCGCGUGAAAGCCGGGGAAGGAGGCUAGGAGGCGGGGACGUGACGUCACAAAUCAAUGCAAGGUAGUGUCUUAAGUUGUCGGGGUGCCCGCCGACAACGGAGAACAGCUGGAGAGAAAGCGAGCGUCUCUGCUGAGAAAUGCAGAGCCCCCCGAAGCCCCAGUUUGCCAGCUGGCUCAUAGAGCAGGUGGAGACGGGCCAGUACCCGGGUCUCCGCUACGUCGGCGCGACCCGCUUCCGGGUCCCGUGGAAGCACAACUCCAGGAAGGACUGCAGCGACGAGGACAGCAAAAUAUUCCGGGCCUGGGCCGUGGCCAGUGGUAAAAUCAGCGAGUUCCCCACUGACAAGGCCAGGUGGAAGACCAACUUCCGCUGCGCCCUCAACAACCUCUCCGAGCGCUUCAAGAUGGUUAAGGACAAUUCCAAGAUGUCGGAGGACCCUCAUAAAAUCUAUGAGAUCGUCAACACGGAGCGCGCAAACACCUGUGAACACCCUGAAAUUCCGCCAACGCACGACUUCCCAGAUGAUUCCGACAUGAUUCCAGAUAUAUUCUGCUCUCCCACAGGAGACGCCCCCACAGGAAAUGAGCUGCUCAACAAUUUCAUGGCCCUCGACCUUGGCAACCAACCAGUGGAUGAGCAAACGUGGCCAAACAACUAUGGUCAGCCUCCUCCCACUGUCUAUCUGGGUCCAGCUGAGAACAUCCCGCCAGUUAUCCCAGAUCAGCCGGUGUACUACGAGCCAAAUCCUCUUCCAGUGCCCUAUUCACCUCCACAGCAUUCUCUGUACGACCUGGAGGUCUCCAUCUUCUACCGGAAAAAAGAAAUGCUAAAGACCACGAUCACCGCCAGCCGCCUCCAGCUCCACUACCAGCGCGCGGCCCCAGAGCUCAACGCGUAUCCUCUCUGCUUCCCCUCCACCGACGGCCUGCUGGACCACAAACAGGUUGAUUACACCAACCGCAUCCUGAGCAGCAUCCAGCGAGGGCUCCUGCUGGAGGUCCGGGACACUGGUAUCUACGCGCUGAGGCAGGAUCGGUGUCACGUGUUUGCCAGCACCAGUGACCCCAGUGUGAGACAUCCAGACCCAAGAAAACUACCGCCCAACACCUUGGAGGAACUCCUCAGCUUUGAGAAGUUCGUGGAUGAACUUAAAAAUUUCAAGGAGCACAAUGGCGCUUCCCCUGAAUACACCAUCAACAUGUGCUUUGGAGAGAAGUUUCCCGAUGGAAAGGCUCUGGAGAAGAAACUCAUCGUAGUCAGGGUGGUGCCUCUGAUCUGUCGGCAAUUUCACGAGAUGGCCCAAAUGGAGGGGGCAUCGUCUCUGCACAGCUUCAACGUCAGCCUGCAGCUGUCACACGGCACACACAACCACCUGUUUGAUCUCAUUAGCGCCACCUUCAGCCCGCCGGCAGCUGAGGAGCCGGCGUUAGAAGAAGAACAUUACUACCUACAUCAGGUGUAGCCUCCUGCGUCCUGCCUGGAAUAAUCAUUACCCUCUUCACUUUUGUUCACGUUGGCCUCAUGCUCUGUGGGGGGGGGGGAAACUGACAUGUUUAUGCACUUUGAGUAGAAAUGAUCUCGUUUCCAUGUAACUGUUACACCAAGUGUCUGGGCGACAGUGAUGUUCAAUUUUAUGUGACCUAUCUAUAACUGCAUCUGUCAAUCAAUCAGGUGUUAUCUUCUGCAGAAUUACACACUCGAAAACAGCUGCUUCCAACUUUAUUUACACAAAACAGAGUGAGCCCCCUGGGGUCGACUGAAGAUGUUUCAAGUGUGAAGCCUCUAUGCUUUUUGUCCAGGGGAUGGGAUCCUGCUCCUUUUAUAAUCCAAAUUUAUGUCUUUAGCCCUGGUGCUUGCACAUACCUAUGCAUAUACAGUACAAUCCUACUCUCGUUCCAGUUAAUGCUAUAACAUUCUUUUCCUCAUUCGCAUGUUACACAGCAUAAGCUAAAGUGCAGUGGUUGCGCCUUAGAAGACACCUAUGCGAUGCCUGUAAAUGUCAAAUUUGCUCUAAAAUUUAUUUACGUAUGUUUCUUUUUCCAUCUAAACUAUUAGUCUAUACAAUUUAAUAUAUAUGCACACUGUCUGUUUUUAUGUGUCAUUGAGCCACUGACUGCGAGUCAAUCACUGGUCAAAUGUAUUUUUGCACUUCUGCUGUUCAACAAUGCCUGCUCUUUUGAUGUGUCAAAAUUGAUGUGAUAAAUAUGUAGAGCAAUUUGUAA